AUGAGGCUGAAGGUGGGCUUCAUUCUACGGGCUCUACUGUUCGUGGGUACGUUCCUGGGUCUUGUGCUCCUCUGGUCUUCUCUGUUUCCAAAAGCCAACGAGGACAGCCCCUUUGGAAAACGGGUGAGUUAACCACAGCUAACUAGCAAGGCUUAACUGUUAAUAUAGGUAAUACACAGCACUGAAUCAACGGGUCAGUCAGAGUGCGGUGUGUAUUUAGAGGUUAUGAUGUCAUGAGUUACAGGUGUACAGGUGUGUGUUUGAUGAUGGUCAUGAAAAUCAGGGUUAGCUAGCUGUUAGCUUCACACUGGUUGUCAUGGAGAUUGACUCUUAGCUAGCUCCUGAUGCCGACGAGCUGCUCUGUCGUGUUUAAAUGGAAUUAAUAACACACCGUUAUAAACCUUUUCUUUAACUUCGGGUUGAUUUUGUUACUUAUAAACCACACAUCUUUAUACCAGGAUACACAUCCGCAUACGUCUGCAUGCGGCCGUCACACGUCACCCAGGAAGCGCGAUGAGAGUCGACAGGUGGUACAAUAUGCAGAUGAUUGAGUGACAGCUCACCAUCUCAGUAAAAAGACACACUUUUAAUAAGAACCUAUUAACCCGAGAACGCUAUCGCUAAAAUUAGUAACACCAUCACUAUCGACGGGGGAUUUUUACCCGAAAUAAUAUACCUAAGAAAAAGUAGUCAUCUAAAUAGCACAAUACAUGACAAAUUAAAGUAGUUUUCUUUUAUUAUUAACUGUGCAAUGUCCAAAGAGAGGGACAAAAGUGACAUGAGGGGACCAUAUAAAAAUGCAACAAAACAACUGAAAGUAGAAAUUCAUGAACAAAGGAUUCCUCAAAAAAAAAAUGUAUAUCUAUAUGUGUAAAUAGGUAUAUAUCUAUGUGUGUGUAUAUAUGUAUAUAUGUGUGUGUGUAUAUAUAUAUAUAUGUGUGUGUGUGUGUGUGUAUGUAUAUGUGUGAAUAUGAGUGUGUGUAUAUAUGUGUAUGUGUGUUUGUAUAUAUGUAUAUGUGUCUGUGUGUGUGUAUGUAUAUAUAUGUGUGUGUGUGUGCAUAUAUGUGUGUGUGUGUGUGUGUGUAUAUAUACGUGUGUGUGUAUAUAUAUAUAUAUAUAUAUAUAUAUGUAUGUAUAUGUAUAUCACCAUAUGUAUUUCCUUAAGAUCACUACUUAGUGAUCACCACGGAGGAAGAGGAAGGCUCCUGUUUACCUUCGUCAUAACUAGAGAAAACCUGCUCCACCAGUUUGACUUUUAAUUACUGCAGAUGAAUCCCUUCAGAUGUUAUUCUGUUUGCCAUAUACACUUUAUGAACAUACCUCAGGCUUGAAGCAUUUUAUAGAUUUAAAUCACAACAGAUUGUUAUUGAUGUGUUUAAACUGAGGUCUGAUUGUUAAAGGGAUAUUCUGGUGUAAAAUUAAGUUAGGGUCAAACACACCGUAACACAGAAUAAGACACGCUGUCGAGAGAUGAAUGUUGCUGACCGCUUGCUUUUUUAGUUAUACCAACUUUAGUAACGACCGAAGAUAACAAUACAGAGAGCCACACGCUCAACCAAAAAGCCACUCUAUAACCACAAAUAAUGCUCAGAACAGCACCUAACUUUAUCAACAGUAUAUAUAGAGUCCCAGCCAUAGUACUAGACACCAAACAUCUUUUUAGCUUUGCUUAAUUUCUUUAGCAAAGAGACCAAAUGCAACUCACCUACUCUCUUCCAGCAGCCGCUCGUUUGUUGCGAGACCCCAGGCCAGUCCAUUAUGGACUGCUGCAGGGUGAUGCAGCUCAAGGAAGAACAUUUAUGAUCAUUACUUUAUCAUAUCCUUGAAGUAAUAAUCACCAUAUUAAUCAUUUUGCACUGCAGAUGCAGUAGUUCUUCUGCCUUAGCAUCUAGGUCUGAUUGCAUUUCCAUGAAGAAAUGAUCAGGCCCUCAGGCAGCACUGAAAAACAGACCGGAUUCUGGAGUGGAAAUCACUACAUGGUCUCAUUAUCACCUCCAAAAACCAUUGUCUGUGAACGCAGUUCAUCACUGCAUCCACAAAUGAGAUUAAAACUGAAGCAUGCAAAGAGGAAAACAGAUAGAAACAUGAUCCAGAAUCAAAUUGGACUUUUUUUGUCUUUGAAAUCAUUGACACCACAUACUACAUACAACAGUACAUGCUGCCAUCCAGACAAUGACUUUUUCAGGGAAGAUCUUUAUAUAUCAGCAAGACAAUGACCAACCACAUUCUGCAGGGAUUACAACAGUAUGGCUCUGUAGUAGAAGAGUCCUGCUAAUAAACUGGUCUGCCUGCAGUGUUGACUUGUCAACAAUUAAAAUCAUCUGGAGCAUCAUGACACCAAAAAUAGGACAAAGGAGACCCUGAACUGAAAAUCCUCUAUUAGGCAAAAAUGGGGCAACAUUUGACUUUGACUAGAAACUGGUCCCCAGGGUUCACUAACGUUUACAGAGAGUAAUUAAAAGAAGAGCUGAUGACAGAAAAUGAGAAACAUCACCCCAGAACUACUUUAUAGAAACAGGUUGUUGGUUUAUCCCUCUGCUCUUUCCUCCCUCUCGUUUCUCAGGAGGAUGCUGCCCUGCCCAGAGUUGACCCUGCAGACCACUUUAAGCCUGUGGUGCCUUGGCCUCAUGUGGAAGGGGUGGAGGUUGACCUGCACUCCAUCAGACUCAAACGUGGUAAGACCCCAUCGUGAGCAUCCUUUAUGAACCCACUAAGCUCUGACACGAACUGUAGACACUUUAAAAUCUUGAUCCAAAAUCUUGGUUUUGGUUUUAUCUCUCCAACAGACCCUGAAAACCCCCCAAAACCAGAUCAACAGCCCAACCAGAAGCAGGUGAUCCAGCAGCAGUAUGUGACGUUCAAGCCCCACACUCAUGCCUACACAGACCCAGUGCUGAAAAAAGGUAUCCUGGGAAACUUUGAGCCCAAGCAACCGGAGCCUCCUGGGGUCGCUGGUGGUCCUGGAGAGGAAGCCAAACCUUUUGUACUGGGUCCAGAGUACAAAGAUGCUGUGCAGGCCUCCAUUAAAGAGUUUGGCUUCAACAUGGUGGCCAGUGACAUGAUUUCUCUGGACAGAAGCAUCAGUGACAUCCGCCACGAAGAGUGAGUCAAACCGUUGACACUGUAAAUGCAUCGCUUUGCUGAGUUUUAACUGCAGUCAGGGUUUACUCAAUGAAUAGACAUCUGCAUAAAGGUCAGCUCACAAUCUGGAUGUAAGUCCACAUUUCACAGGACCAGUGUUGAGUGUGUUCCGUCAGCGUUGCAUUCCCUCUCUGAUCAAUGCAGCAUAUUCCACAGGAAAUGUCUCUGCUCCGUCCCAGUGGCAUGAUGAUGCGCUUCUCUGCUAAAGAUAUGUGCAGUCUAUUUUUCCAACAUGCAUCAAUCUACACAGAGAAAAUCGUUCUAGACAGGAUGUUGAGCACGGAAAACGCACAUGUCAUCUGGUCAAUUUCAAAAUAGAACACUGCGUGUGGACUCCCAACUGUUUAUCAGUUUGAGUAGAUGAGAAAUACUUCCUGGUUAUGGAUUUAUCAGUAACACAGAGCAAUCCAAUGGUCAAUCCCUGAUCCAUGUGGACCCCAACGGAACUUUUAACUGCUGACUCUGUCUGAAGGUAACAGCACAGCAUAAAGGAACAUAGUUUACUUUAUUAAACACGAGUAAACCUGCAAAAACGUCAAGUCCCGUUGCUUUUUCACAGACCACAGAAAGGCAAAGCAACCUGUUGUAUGCAUAUUUUCUAUAUACUGAGUCCAGCUGACCAGGGCUUUGCUUUACCGUUGCCACGCUCCAAACAUGCAUCCUGUGGGCUAUGACGAGCACUGCCUGUGGGUUAUUGACUUAAGAAUCACCACAACCAGAUAAACAUGAAGCCAGAAUAAUGACUCUGAACUACAGAGAUUUUAUCCUACAGGAAAACUUAGACGUACCUCAAAUGAAUGAAUGGGCACACCUUUAGAUAAUGCAAUUAACCAGAAAAUGUGAGCAUAUAUUCUGCAGACAGAACUGGAGGGCUUUAUUUAUUUUAUUUUCUCACCAAAUUCAUGGUCACUUUUUUAGUUUUUAAGGAAGACAUUGAACCAUAUUAUUCAAACCCAAGUUAUGAAGAGGUUUACUCAUAUUAAGGAGGAUUUAUUCUCUCUCUCUCUCUCUCUCUCUCUCUCUCUCUCUCUCUCUCUCUCUCUCUCUCUCACACACACACACAUACACACAUAUUGCAUGAGCAACAAAGCAGAGUGGAUGAUCAUCAUCAGAUUGGAGUAAUGACGAGAUAUAAAACUUUUCUUUGAUUAUCUUUAAUCUGGUGUCUCUGGUGGGUCGGUUCUGUGGUUACGCUUUGAGUUAAGAUAACUGCACAGCAGCCUUUAAUUUGUGAAAAAAAGAGAUAAAUGGGCAUCCUUAUUUACACACAAAUUCAUUUAAUGUCUCCUAACUGCACCGAAUUAAUAAAACACUCAUUCAUAGCAUGUGGGGGCAUUCAUCAUGCAUUAAUUCAGAGUGUGCACUGAGAUAGAGGCCAGAUUACUCAGUGUAUGGAGUGACAAACAAAGCAUGAAAAACAGAUGGACAGACAGAUUAGAGUAAUAUCUGCACAUCACCUGGUCCUGGUUACUCUUUGUAGCUGUGUAUUAGCUGUGCUAUAAUGUAGGAUACAAAUUACAUGUUAAAUCAUUAGUGGAAAGGGGUUUGUAGACUGAUUUCUUUUCACUGUUGAAAUGCAGCACAGAGAUGUAAGGUCCAUCUUUACUGUACUUAACUGUAAAAUUCUGUUGUUUCUAAGAUAACAUCAAAACAUGAACAUUGAACAUUGAAACUGGGGUCUCAGGAUUGUUUUAGUUCUUAUUUUACUCUUUUUAUCACAGUAUUUCUUAUUGCAUUUUUGCAGGGGAACGUUUGGGCCAUAUGCUGCUGUGAAUGUCUGGUAUUUGUCUGUUCCUUGAUCGCUUACCAACAAGGCGGGUUACUGUGAAGUGAAUUGCCCUUCGGGGAUUAAUAAAGUAGUCUGAAUCUGAAUCUGAAUCUAAAUCUGAAUCCAGAUAUGAACAUAGAGAAUAUUUGGAAAAAGGCCUGAUCCUCUUUUACAAAAGAGUUUUGUUUGAUUGGAUGGUGGUUUCUGAAGAGACUCUCUCCACACCCUCUGCAAAUACACGAUAGUGUGUCAAAGUUAAAUCAACAAACCACCUCACAAUAAUCCACCACAAAGUAAUCCUCAAAGAGCAAACAUGCAUUCGUAUCGCAGAGAAAGACAUCCUGGACUCCAGGGUGGAGCCAUACUUAUCAGCUAUGACGACUCUGUCUGUAUAAAUAUGUGGGUUAGAGAGAAUAACACCUGUCUGAAUGUGACUGACCUGCUGUGUCUUACCUGUCCAGGUGUAAGUACUGGGAGUAUGACGACAGGCUGCUGACCUCCAGCGUGGUGAUUGUGUUCCAUAAUGAAGGCUGGUCUACACUGAUGAGGACAGUCCACAGUGUGAUCAAGAGAACCCCCAGGAGGUACCUGGCUGAGAUCGUCUUGAUUGAUGACUUCAGCAACAAAGGUCAGAGGUCACUCCUAAAAUACAACAAAUGAAACCCUGGUUCCAAAAAAUUUUAGAUGCUGUGUUAAUUAAUGAAUGGAAAUUAAUAUCUAUCCAGUCUUGGUUUUGGUCCUCUAGAUCUUUAUAAAUGAUAAUAUGUACUGUAGAUGAUCAAAUCCACUGAUUCUUUCACAUUUGACACUCAGGAACAUUAUUCUGAAACUGUUAAACUAUUAGUUCCAGUGUUGUUUUCGUUGACGAUGACGUUGACAAAAAUAUUUCAUCAACGUCAUCGUCAACAAAAAAAAACACUGCAGAAUAUACUGUAUGUUUAGCGUUUAACUGACGAAAUGCUCAUGAAUUUUGCAACUCUGUUCGCCGUCCACCACUAACGUUUUCAUCUAGUCUCAUCUCGUCGAUGUAAACACACAUUCGUCUUGUCACAUCUUAGUCAUCUAAGACUUAUGUUUAGCUUGUCAACAUCAUGUCUUUGUCGUGGAAAAAAGGGGCGUUGAUGAAAUAUUUUGGUCAACAAAAACAACACUGAUUAGUUCACAGUCUCACAGAGUGGUAAACCUCUUCCCGUCUUUCCUUCUGAGAGACUCAGCCUCUCUGAAUGUCCUUUUUAUACCCAGACGUGUUACUAACCUGAUAGAAAUUAACCUCAAUAGCUGUAAAUGUUCUUCCAGCUUUUUUUUUUUUUUUUUUAGAAUUACACAACUUUUUACUUGUUUGGUUGUUUUUUCAAAAAACUUUUUCCAGUCAUGUUACUGACAUCAAAUUUAGAAUGAACAGAUUUUUUUUCAUAAAAAAAUGUUUCAAUUUUAACAUCUGAUAUGUCGUCCUUGCACUAUUUUCAAUUUAAUAUAGACUAAAUGAUUUAAAACCAUCAAAUUCCAAUUUUUGUCAACAGUUUUAAUGCAGUGUCACACUAACAUCUGACUUAGCCAGCAGAGGACCAACUGCUAAUAAUGACUAAUUUAUUCUUGUACAAUAUGAAGCUUACAUGAAUAUUGCGUGUGUGUGCAGUCCACUUGAAGGAGCGUCUGGAGGACUACAUCAAACAGUGGAACGGUCUGGUGAAACUGUUCAGGAAUGAGAAGAGAGAAGGACUGAUCCAGGCCAGGAGCAUCGGUGCCCAGAAGGCCACUAAAGGGCAGGUAACCAAUCAUGUCACUGACACACACCUGGAUCUUUCAUGUCACUGAUGGGAAACACUGUCACUAUACACCAGUGACCCUGAUUGAACCCAAGUGACAUAAAAGAUGGGCAAGAUGAGGUACAGUUUGUUGCCCUGACCUCAAACCUAAGUUUACUAGUCAACCUUAACUCUAGAUUUUACACUGUAACAGACACCAUCACACUCAGGACACAUGCAUCAGCUGUUUGUGUUUUGUUGUUCUCAAGGUGUUGAUCUAUCUGGAUGCUCAUUGUGAGGUUGGAACCAACUGGUACCCUCCUCUGGUUGCUCCCAUAUCAAAAGACAGGUAACACACACACACACACACACACACACACACACACACACACACACACACACACACACACACACACACACACACACACACACACAGUGUAAAUCCUCAAAUAUAGGCCAGGGUUUAACUUGUUUUUACUGCCGCAGGUACCAGGCCUUUAUAUGAGGCAGGUUUUAUUAGAGGCCUGCCCUUAUGUCAAAUUCUCCCAGUGUGUGGGAAUUAUAACUUCAUAUUUUAUACAGAGUGAGGGUCUGAUCCACUAAAAAAAAAUGUAACCCUAGAAGCCCCUCAAAGUCAGAAGACCCAAUUAAUACAUCACAAAGGGCUUAGUUUAAACCUCCAAUCCUCACCCAACCAAGGACCCAGUUUGAACUGUUCGCUAUGGUUGUGAUUUAACCCCACAGAGAGUCUAGUUUAAACAUUGCACUAUGGUUCCUGUUAAAAUCCAGCAAAACUCAAAUGUAACCCUACAAAGCCCCCAGCAAUAACCCCCCAUCGUAGGCCUUUCUAAUGUCCACCCAAGGCCCAAUUUGAACCCCCCAGAGGGUCCAAUUGAAACACGAGAAGGCCCAGUUUAAACCCCAUCGAGAGACAAGUUAAAACCCUUGUAAGAUACCAAUCUUACAUCCCUCACUAUAAGCCCAGUUACCUCCCUCUCCCCCCUCCUCUUAAAGGGUCCAGUUCAAACAACAAAAAGGAACCAGUCUAGACCACCCACUAUGGGUUUAAAUCCCUCAUAAUGGGUCCCAGUGAAACCCACAGGUAGCCCAAUCUUCAGUCUCUAUGAUAUCCCAGUUUACACCCCACCUAAGACCCAGUCUAAACCCCUAAAGGUACUAGUUUUAACCUUACAGGAGGCCUUGUUUAAACCCCAGAGAAAGCCAAGUCUUAACCGCCUUCGAUGGCUCAGUUCAUGAUUUGCAGUCUUAAAGUGAUGAUGACUGUCUGGCAGAGACACAGAUGGAUAACUGUGUGUUUGUGUCUGUGAGUUUGUUUCUCUACAUUUUUGGGGUUGUUGCCUGUGUUUGUGUGUACAGGACAGUGUGCACAGUGCCUCUCAUAGACUAUAUAGAUGGUAAUGAGUACAGCAUGGAGCCCCAGCAGGGUGGAGAUGAAGACGGGCUGGCUCGUGGAGCAUGGGACUGGAGUCUGCUGUGGAAGAGAGUCCCACUCAGCCACAGAGAGAAGGCCAAGAGAAAACACACCACCCAGCCCUACCGGUACCCGUAGAACAGAGAGCUGACAGCAUGCUAACACUCAUCCCUCUUCUUUUUGUGUCUCCAUCUCCACCCCUCUGUCCACCCACCCCAUGUCUCUGUGCUUUCACUGGCACUGCUGUCUGUGGCUGCCUGUGUCUGUCCUGCAUUUACACCACCCCCACACCCUCCACCCCCAUGUAUUCUGUUUGUACGGCCCCUCCCUACUUUGUCAGAACGGUGUGUACAGUGCCUCUGAUUGAUUCCAUCGAUGGCCAGAAAUAUACCAUCGUCCCCCAGGGUGGAGGAGACGACGACAACUUCGCUAGAGGUGCCUGGGACUGGAGCAUGCUCUGGAAAAGAGUCCCUCUGGGAGAGAGGGAAAAAAGACAGAGACAGACUCGCACUGAGCCAUAUAGGUACACAAAACAACACUCCCCUGACCGCUGUGGGUGGGGUCAACACAGAGAGUAAGGUGUUGGUAUUUAAUGUUUCUCCUGACAUUUUCACUUUACUAUGGUGUCGGAAUUAAACAAAACUUAACUGAUCCACAUGGACAGUGUCAGUGUAAAUGUAAAAUGUAAGGUGACAGUUUGUUAUUGUAAAGUUACAGUUCUUUAAUGGAAAACUACAGUUCUAUGAUUUAAAGUUGCAGUUCGACUAUGUAAAGUUACAGUUCUACUGUAUAAAGCCACAGUUUUCCCAUAAAUAGUUACAGUUCUAAAAUGUAAAGUUACAGUUCUACCACAAACAGUUACAGUUGAUGUUAAGUUACAGUUCUAAAAUGUAAAGUUACAGUUCUACCAUAAACAGUUACAGUUGAUGUAAAGUUACAGUUCUAAUAUGUAAAGUUACAGUUCUACCAUAAACAGUUACAGUUGAUGUAAAGUUACAGUUCUAAAAUGUGAAGUUACAGUUCUACCAUAAACAUUUACAGUUGAUGUAAAGUUACAGUUCUAAAAUGUAAAGUUACAGUUCUACCAUAAACAGUUACAGUUCAUGUAUAGUUACAGUUCUAAAAUGAAAAGUUACAGUUCUUAAAUGAAAAAUUACAGUUCAACGAUGUAAAGUUACAGUUCUACUAUAUAAAGCCACAGUUUUCUCAUAAAUAGUUACAGUACUAAAAUGUAAACUUACAGUUCUACCAUAAACAGUUACAGUUAAUGUAAAGUUGCAGUUCUAAAGUGUAAAGUUACAGUUUUACCAUAAACAGUUACAGUUGAUGUAAAGUUACAGUACUAAAAUGGAAAGUUACAGUUCUACCAUAAACAGUUACAGUUGAUGUCAAGUUACAGUUUUAAAAUUUAAAGUUACAGUUCUACCUUAAACAGUUACAGUUGAUCUAAAGUUACAGUUCUAAAAUGUAAAGUUACAGUUCUACCAUAAACAGUUACAGUUGAUGUAAAGUUACAGUUCUAAAAUGUAAAGUUACAGUUCUACCAUAAAUAGUUACAGUUGAUGUAAAGUUACAGUUCUUAAAUGUAAAGUUACAGUUUUACCAUAAACAGUUACAGUUGAUGUAAAGUUACAGUUCUAAAAUGAAAAGUUACAGUUCUUGAAAGUUACAGGGCUGCAGUGCAGUUAAGUGUCCACUUAAAGCCCUAUAGAGUCAUACUAUAAAACAUUUUUGCAAAGCAACAGUCUUUUACUGCUAGUUUACAGUGUCAUGGUGUAAUUGUACUUCAGUGUAUAGUGACGCUGUUGUAUUUUUCAUACUGUAUAAAUAGUGCAGAGAUGUGACAGUUGUGUAUUGAAAUUAUUUUCAGUCUUUUCGGAAGUUUACUUACACAAUUUCAUGUAAUUAAGGUUUAUUAAGAGCGCAGUGCUGUUAUUUGAAAGGUCAGUGUUUGUAUUAUUUAAUAAGAUGAUAUCGAUGUAUAGUAAAGUGAAAUUUUAGAGAGAGCAAUGCCAGUUGAUAAAAAGUGCAGUAUUUACAGCAUCCUGGCAGUGUAGUGUCAGGUUUAUAGAUUACAGAGACAGUAAAUGUCCGAUACAAUCACACUGUGUGGAAAGAAAAGACACUGUUUGGUGAAUAUAGUGACAGUUAAUAAUAAUGUAGAGAUAGUGUUGAAAAUUCAGCGUGUUCUUUGGAUGACAGUAUUUUGAGUAUAGAGGCAGUUUGAUAGAAGGUUUCAGACAGAGCAGUAGAUUGAGGAAGGACUUUGGUAUAUAUGCAGCAUCUCAGUCUGGUGUGACGAUAUUUCAUGUUAAUGUAAGUGUUACUGUAGUUAUGAUAAAUGUCAGGUUCAUGUCUGAGUCAGGCUGUGCUAACAUACUAAACAGUCUGCUGUGCUCUGAGCUUUCUGCUGCUGAGAGCUGACUACCUGUGGAUGAACUUGUUUCUGUCUCUGGUUGUGGUCUAACAGGCUGUUGGUGUCAGGUCUGUGUUGUCGGGAUAACCUCUCUUGUGCCGUCUCAGUCGACUCUGUGCUAUGUUUGGUGUCACUAACAGGAACUGUGGGGUUUUCAAACAGUAUCAGUCAUCACUAAGGGCAGACUGGGUCCUAGUCCUGGUCUGACUCCGGUUGGCUUCUGUGUGGACGUACACUGGGAGCUUGUGGUGUGACUGGGUGUGAACCUGGGCACCAUCACCACCCCCUCUUCCCCUUUAACUUCUUAUUUCAUUGUCUCAGUGUGUGUCAGUUUGUUUCUCUCAUAGCUGUGUUUUCACUAACCCGAGCUUGCACUGUCUGUCUUUCUGUCUUUCUGUCUGGUCUGUGUGCUUUCUUUUGUUGAUAAUUAAUUACCAUUAUCCUGUCAAUCAGCCUGUUUAUGACGUGUUGAUGUGAUUCGUUGACAGAUUACCAGAUAUGCUGUGUUUACUCCUGUGUGCGUAUGCAUGCAUGUGUGUGUGUGUGUUUGUGCGCCUGCAGGUCUCCGGCCAUGGCAGGGGGUCUGUUUGCUAUAGAAAGAGACUUCUUCUUUGAGUUGGGUCUAUAUGAUCCAGGACUGCAGAUCUGGGGAGGAGAAAACUUUGAAAUAUCCUACAAGGUACACACAGAGUACUGCACUAUUACUAUACUUUGAUAGUUAAAGGUUUCAGAGUAUUACUCUCAUAAUAUUAUUUAAUCUGUGUGUAGAUCUGGCAGUGUGGUGGUCAGCUGCUCUUCGUGCCGUGCUCUAGGGUGGGUCACAUCUACAGGCUGCAGGGCUGGCAGGGCAAUCCUCCUCCUGCACAUGUGGGAUCCUCCCCCACCCUAAAGGUAGAGCUACACACACUUGCACACAUCUGCAGAGGGAAGUAAAGAUUAGCAGGAAAAUGAAAGGAUGACCAAUGCAAAAACAUCUUCUGUAUUAUUUUAUACAUUGUAAAAAUGCAUUUGGUGGACUGUUCUACAGAUUCAUGUGUAGACUGCACAGCAUUAAAAAAAAUAUACAAAUACUGAAAGAUGUAAAUCAUUGGUUUACUGAUCCUUAGGAGUAACUCAUGGUAAUGAUUUUCCUGAGGGCAAAGGGCAGCAAACAUCUGGCACUGCUCUGUUUCUAUUGUGCAUGAAGGCGUGAGAGGUCACCGUCUACGUCCACUAGGUGGCACUAGAGUCGAGUAAAAUAAUAAUGCAGGAUGACUUACAUUUUACUUAAUACUCUGUACCUCUACAUGGAGCUGUGACCCUGAAUAUUUGCACUUAUAUAUAUAAGUGUCCAGGAUAAGAGUGCUGUGGUAUUUAUGCAACAUAACGAUUCACAGAACUGAUCGUCUCAGUUUAGGAGACACAUGUAAAUAAAAAGUGGUUCUUUAGUGUGAACACAUGAUCUGUAGAUCUUUCUGCCCUUAUGUGAAGUCAGAGUGUGAGAGGAUUUGUAUGGGGGGCACUUCCCCCCCUGUGGCCCCUUCCCUGUUUAUCAUUCACUUCUCUAUCUCUUGUUCCCGGCUCUAUCCACUGUCCUUUCCUCUGUCAAUAAAGACCAGAAAGACCCCAAAGGAAUUGUACAAAGUAAAUUUACUCAGCUUUUAUUUGCAUAUGUAGGUGAAUAAUCGUUGGGCAUAUUUAUCCACUCAGAAAUGAGGUUCAUUUGGCACCUCAGUUUUAUAAGCUCAAAGGCUCUUUCUGCACUGUUGGCUCUGAAAGUAGCAUUAAAAAAAGUAAAAGGAUUAUAGAUGAGGUGAUCAGAAUGUUUAAAACUAUGUUUAUAAUCCUGCAUGUUUGUUUGAUCAGAACUAUGUGCGAGUGGUGGAGGUGUGGUGGGACGAAUACAAGGACUAUUUCUACGCCAGUCGUCCUGAGACUCUCACACUGGCCUAUGGAGACAUCAGUGAGCUCAAACGCUUCAGGUAACACACAGUCAUUGAUUCUAGACAGAUUUAUUCUGUAUUCUGUCUGAGUCACACUUUUGAACACCUUUGAAAACCUGAGGACCCUCCCUGAAGAGUCACUGUGUUCAGAUUAUCUCAGACUAACAGACUGCGUGAUGGUAGUUCAGCUACAACACUCCAUGUAGAUCAUUGAGUCCAGAUCCUGUCAGUGUCUGAUAAUUCAGCUGUACAGGGCUGUGUUGACUUUUUGGGCUAGCAGCACCUAUUUUCUAUUCAAACUGAAUGCAGCUCAACAUUCUUGUACUCGAUGUCUUCGGUGCAAGACUCUGAUGCUGGUUUAGCGGGUCAGCUGUUUGUAUUAAACCUGUCGGUUUCUCUGUCUGCAGGGAGGAGCAUCGCUGCAAGAGCUUCAAGUGGUUCAUGGAGGAGAUUGCUUAUGACAUCCCUGCGCACUAUCCUCUUCCUCCUAAGAAUGUGGAGUGGGGGGAGGUAGGGGCACACACAGACACACACACAUACCGUCUCUGUCUCUCAGUGUUUGUCGUCAUGCUGUGUCCUUAUUCAUGCCGUGUGAUACUGUGACUCCACAGAUCCGAGGCUAUGAGACCAGUUACUGUAUCGACAGUAUGGGACACACUAAUGGGGGAACUGUGGAGAUUGGACCCUGCCACAGGAUGGGGGGCAACCAGGUACUGACCCACAGGGAGCUGCUGGUCUGCUUUCGACCAGAGAGCACUUAUAGUUGACUUAUAUGCUUGAUGGUAUGCCAUAAAAUUAGAUUGCAGUGUCUUUCAAGAUUGUGGCGGUAUCACAGUUUAACACAGUUUUUUGAAUAUUUUUACCAUUGUUCAACUACUCCCAUAUUUUACUCAGUGAUGUAAACAAACACUUUUUCCCACAAAAAAAUAGAUUUAAAGUACAAAUUAUAUGUUUUGCAAAUAUUUUGUCUCACAAUUGGUUGUGUUGCACUAUAUUUCUCACCACUAAAUAAAAUACGGUAUGAAAAUGUGUUGAUAUUUGACAAUUAUUGUAACCAUGAGUAAGGUGGGCGUGCACCUCAUAAGGGAGGCUGCUAAGCCACUUAAACUGACCAGACUAGUGUUUUGUACAUAGAUGGAAAUGUACUCUGUUUGUCAAAUGCCUGAUGUACCGUCCUCACUUUAAGUGUGUGUGUGUGUGUGUGUGUGUGUGUGUGUGUGUGUGUGUGUGUGUGUGUGUGUGUGUGUGUGUGUGUGUGUGUGUGUGUGUGUGUGUGUGUGUGUGUGUGUGUGUAAAAAGUUGUUCCGUAUCAAUGAAGCUAACCAGCUGAUGCAGUAUGAUCAGUGUCUGGCCAAAGGAGCGGAUAACUCAGUGAUCAUCACACACUGUGACCAGAAGCAACACACUGAUUGGAAGUACUUUAAGGUAUGUGACACGCACACACACACACACACACACAUUGAUUUCUUAACAGUAACUGUAUGUUUUUGUCUGUGUGUUCAGGAUCUGCAUCGGUUCACUCAUGUGCCAACAGGUAAAUAUUAAAUGUUAACCCCCGUUUCUGUUGUCAUUUUCCUCCUCCUCUGUCUGUGGUUGUGUUGAGAUGUGGCUGAACGGUAUCUUAGCUAAGAGUAUCUAAGAGUUUUAAUGCCAUGAAGGUUUUUGUGUCUCUGUGAUGAUGGCACCAUGAAACAAAGUAACCAAGACACUGCCGAAUAUCUCUGUAGUUUUAACAAUAUGUAGAAUUGAUGCUUUGGAGUUGAACUUCUGUACGCCUCUAUGGAAGUUGCUGACUGUUUAGUCAUGUUGCUGUGUAUUACUGUUGCUUUGUAGUUGUGUCGCACUGAGAUAAUGUAACCAGCUGUCCAGCAGUGUUGCUGCAUGUUGCUCUGCAUAUUUGUAGUAAUGUAGUUGUGGAGUUGAUGCAUGUAUGAUCUUGUUAUGAUGCUCUUUAACUGUGGAGCUUAGAGGCUGUGUGUGUACUUUGGAAAAUGGAAAAGUACUUUUGGAUCUGUUGUUUUGCCUUUUUGUAGGAAUGUGUUGGUGUGUAUCUUUGCAUUAAUAUUGUUGUGUAUCAUAAUGAUGUUGCUUUGUAUGAAAACAUAGCUGUGUAACUUUGUAAUAUUGUAUAUGUGAAUAUUUGUAGUAAUUUACUUGUGUAUCUUUGUAGUAAUGUGUCUAUGUAUCUUUGUAUUAUUGUAUGUGUGUAUCUUUGUGGUAUCAUAGCUGUGUGUUGUCUCUUUGUCUCAGGAAAGUGUCUGGACCGCUCUGACCUGCUCCACACAGUGUCCAUCUCAGAUUGUGACACCAGUAAAACCAGUCAGAAGUGGGAGAUGAACAACAUCGUGGCUGUGUGA